ACUCAUCACAGAAACCACUGUACAGACAGGAACUGAGACACGGAGACACGGCACAGGAAAGGCUCUCUGCAUAGAAUUGUACCAUGCCUAACUACAAACUGCUUUAUUUUAAUAUGAGGGGAAGAGCCGAAAUUAUUCGCUACAUAUUCGCUUAUUUGGACAUAAAGUAUGAGGAUCACAGAAUAGAACAAGCUGACUGGCCUAAAAUCAAGCCAACUCUUCCAUUUGGCAAAAUCCCUGUUUUGGAGGUGGAAGGACUUACAAUCCACCAGAGCCUCGCAAUAGCAAGAUAUUUGACCAAAAACACAGAUUUGGCUGGGAAGACAGCGUUGGAGCAAUGUCAAGCUGAUGCAGUGGUGGACACGCUGGAUGACUUCAUGUCUCUCUUCCCAUGGGCAGAGAAAGAUCAAGAUCUAAAAGAGCGGAUGUUCAAUGAAUUGCUCACACAUCAAGCACCUCGCCUUCUGAAAGAUUUGGACACAUACUUAGGAGACAAAGAGUGGUUUAUAGGCAAUUAUCAGGUAACCUGGGCAGACUUCUACUGGGAUAUCUGCAGCACCACACUUUUGGUUUUAAAGCCUGGCUUGUUGGAUAUCUACCCCAAACUGGUGUCAUUACGGAACAAAGUCCAAGCUAUCCCUGCCAUUUCUGCCUGGAUACUAAAGAGGCCACAGACAAAACUCUAGAUGAAUCAGGACCCAUCAUCAGAUGAGAACUCCAUUAGCUGGCUAGAGGAUCCACAUACUUCUCACCAAUAGGACUGUAACUUUGUAGUACUCUGCUUGCUGUGUAUAGCAACUCAAGGGGUGUUGCAGUUUUGUCUUUAUCUGCAGGCACUUAGUUUCCAAUCUUUUAUUUUUUCAAAACUUUACACUUUAUAAUUGCAGGGAAAUAGUUCACAAUAUAUGUAGUUGUGCAUAUCAAGAUGUAUGGAAGCUUUAAACAACACUAGUUUCCUGGCUAGGGUAUCAGUCAACACAGUAUCUUAACUAUGAGUAAGCAUAGUUAACUAUGAAAUACAGAUUUUGCAGCUAGCUCUUCAAUCAGCAAAUUCCUACACAGAAACUAAUGGUCAUUAUAAUGAUCACUAACUACUGCAUGUUAUUCAGGUAUACACCAAAGUGUAUAAGCUACUUCACAAAAAUACACAUCUGUCUGACAUGUCACAAAAUGGGUAAUAAAGAAGAAACUCAUCAAGAUUAAAGGACAGCCAAGAAAAGUGAUGUUGAAGUUUAAUUGAAAUUCCACAAAAUGGAGUAACAAAAAGUUACUGAGUUCAGCAUUGUUGCAAUUCAGAAGGCUGUAGAGACAAGGAAAGGAGCUGUGACAUAGAAAGUUCGAUACCCCAGAGACAAGAGACAGAGGGUUACAAUAAUCUUUCACAUGAGAAAAACAAAAGCAGGCUGGAGAGAUGGCUCAGCAAUUAGCACUGACUGCUCUUCCAGAGGUUCUGAGUUCAAUUCCCAGCAAACCACAUGGUGGUUCACAACUAUCUGUAAUGGGAUCUGAUCUUCUGGUGUAUCUGAAGAGAACGACAGUGUACUCACAUACAUACAAUAAAGAAAUCUAGCCGAGCGGUGGUGGCGCGCGCCUUUAAUCCCAGCACUUGGGAAGCAGAGGCAGGCGGAUUUCUGAGUUCGAGGCCAGCCUGGUCUACAAACUGAGUUCCAGGACAGCCAGAGCUACACAGAGAAACCAUCUCGGAAAACCAAAACAAUAGAAAACCAAAACAAUAAAGAAAUCUUAAAAAACAAACAAACAAACAAACAAAAAACAGUAGACUAAGAAGACUGGGAGAACAUGUGUGCAGAACAUUCACCUGGUAAAGAUUUGUUUAAAAUAUAAAAGAACUGUGAAAAUUCAAUAGUAAAAAAAAAUAAAUACCCAGAUUGAAAUGUUAGCUGGAAGAUACACAGAUGGCCAUGAGCCUGUGAGGAGGCAGCAAUACAGUGGCACUAGGGAAUUAUAAUAGCAGUGCUGACUAGAACAGUAAAAUCUCAAGACCAAAUAAACACUGGAGAAACACUGAAGUUAUGGGACCUGGGGACAGGAAUGCAAAAGAUGGCACUGAGAGAACUAGUUUCUCAAAAAUUAAAAUGUCCCCUUCUGUGGGGCCCGUCAGUCUCACAUUGUGUAUUUACUCAAUGAGCAUGUCCACACUAAGCUUGAACAUAUAUCUUGGAUGCUGCUUCACAUACAGCUGCUAAAACUUUAAAAACCUCAAAGAUGGCCUUUAGCAGGAAAUGCAGAACAAUCCUUGGUGCGUACACAUCAGGGCUAGUAAGCCACGAACAGUACAUGGGUGAGCCAGUGCCACACACAGCUAAGUGAAAGGAGCCAACACAAAAAGGCUCCAACUAUGCAAAAGAAGAGGAUGAGAAGCUGCCCAAGCCAGUGGUGACAUGGGCAAGACGGGAGGCAGAUGGGCAGUCCGGGCAGUCUGUUCUGUGGGAUGCUGUCAGAGAGAAUGAGUACACGUCUUUACAUUUAUAAACUUACUCAGAAUGCAGAACACAUGCAAACUGUAGCGUAUGUAGCACAUGUUAGCAACAGAGGAGACUGUAGGUGUGGGGACAGCAGGAAAUGGGACUGCUCCUAGUGUUGCUGUGAACUGAAAAAAACAAACAGUCUGCGAUAAUUAGUUUUUAUUUGCUGACAAAGUGUAAUAGAUACACAACAGCUUACAGGGAGGGAAGAUUUGUGUGGCUCCACUCAUUGGCUCCACUGGGUUGGAACUGUGGAGCAGUAUGUGCCAAAAUGACUGUUUACUUACUCAUGGUGGCUGAGAAACAGAGUGGAAAGCACCUCUCUACACAAUCUUCUAAACAACAGGCCAGUGAGCUGGCUCCAUGGAUAAAGGCAUUUGGCGCCAAACCCAGAAGGCCUAAGAUCAGUCUCUGGCACCUACAUAAUGGAAGCAAAACACUGACUUUCACCUACUGUCUGUCCUCUGCCCUCCCCUUAAGCACUGUGGCAUUUGCACUUAUACUCAUUUUAUUUUUUUUUUUUAAAUGCAACCAUUUUAUUUUUGUUUAUAAAGGGUCUCCUAAUUAGCAAUAUUACUCCCCAGGACUGUUUUGGACUGUUUUCUCACUUGGUAUCUGAAGGCUGACUGGGAUGCACAAUGUGGCCCAGGCCCAAGCUGGCACUGCACUCACUGUAAUCUCGUUUCCAUGCUGCCGAACCUGGAUCCCUAUUUUAAACUAUAUUGAUGGAAUGCACACUUUGCUUUGUAUGUUAGCUUCAUUAAUGUUAAUAGUGUGUGUGGUAUGUUGCAAAAUGUAUGGAAAUACUAAUAAAGAUGAUCUUGUGCUUUAUGUGAGAUUCAGAAGAACAUAUUGCUAAAAGGCAAAAAAUAAAAAUAAAAAAGGAGAUUGUAGGGAGAGAGAAAGAAAUACAUGUCCAGAUAGGUGUGCUCUUAUUUAACAUCUCUUCUUUUUUUAGAACAUUUUCUCUGAUUUAACAGGGCUGGGGGGGGGGGGAACAGAGGACAAAAUUUUGUAUGUUAAACAUAAAAUGCAUGAACUUGAUCUUUUAAAUAAAAUUUUAACAUUGGUGGCUGUUAAAAUAAAAAA